ACCGCUAGCUGCUUCAAGUGCUGAACGCGAUUCCGCCUGACCCACGGACGUUCAGGAUGCGAGCAUGCCUGCCGCUUGCCCCAGCAGCAGUCUGCUACUAUUGACUUGCUUCAAGAGAGGAUCAGCUACUUUGAUCAUCUUUUUGGGUAGAACGAUACCACCAUCGUGACUCUGCUUGCACGUCGUUUCCGAACCGGUCCAGCAUGUCUACUGAGCGGAUUCUCCACAUCGAGCAGAUGCUCAGUAGCUUUGCACAGGAGCUAUGGGAUGUAGACGGCCCCGACGACCUCCUUGACGCACUGCUCUACAAGGUGUCGCUCUUGAGAGCCCAACUUGAAGUUCAGAGAUGCUUACAGCAUACGGCGAAUCUUCUGCGGCAGCAACCGUUGAACAAAGCUCUGCCAAACCAACGGGCCACCAAGGUCAAACACCUGAUCUGUCUAGUAUACCGACGCAACGACCGCGGCAAUGACAGAUCGAAACAGCUCCGGGCAGCAGAUUGCGAUACGCUGAAGCUGGUAGGGCUGGCAUGCAGCACUGAAGAGUGGCUCAAACUUCGAGACGACGAGUUCGACACUCUCGCUUCUCGUGCUACCGACUUCCUCAACCGCCGUAAUCUCUCCAUGUUACUGUACCGGCGCGACAUCGACAAAGCAUUCGAGGCUACUCUUGAGGAUCCCGAAGAUGAAGAACAGUACCAUCGUCUGCUUCAGGUCCGUUCAACCCGGCGCCUGCACUCAUUGAAACACAGGAAAGAUGAGCGUCGCCUUAGUGACUCAGAAAACACAACUCCGACCCUCGAGAUACCCGAGCCGGACUUCAAUGGCCUCUUCGCUGCCGCAAGCAAGCCAUCAAUCGAUCCUACCAUCCACGGAGAAGUGUACGCUCUGAGUAUUGAAGACUUCCGAAGCGUACUUGCAAGUACCAGUCAUGUCGGAUCCAUCUAUCUGACCAUCCCAAAGACUGGCCACAACUCUCGCGCUAGUGUGGCACUGCUGUCAGCUUGGAUCUCCAACGAACUCAGUUGUCGGCUUGGCGUGAAAGGGAAGCCUCUGCCUCUGACGCCUGAAGAGGACGACGUUUGGGCGGGGCUAGCAUAGGCGAAGGGCGGUGUUUGAGCACGAUCGGCAGGAAGAGUGGUCCUAUCUUGCCGAAGCAUUAUGAGCUUACAUUGUGCUCCACCUUCCCUUCGAUAAUAGAUCUCUAAGAUGUCUUUAGCAUAGAU